AUGCUGCGAAACCAGAUGCCGAGCUCGGCCUCGGCACUUUCCAAGGCAAAACGGGUCUCGCGCGCCUGUUUAUCGUGCCGUUCGCGCAAGACGCGCUGUGACCUUGACUCGGAGGGACGGUCCGGUAUACCACCCUGCCGCCGAUGCGUCGAACAUCAGCUGGAAUGUGUAUUGGCCAUAUCCAGGCGUGGUGGUCGCAGAAUCAAGGGGGUUCGUAACUCUACCACCCAGCCGGUCAAUCCCGACAGAAAAACAGGCCCGACUCCAUUCGGCCAGAAACCACCCAGUACCGCGAUACAUGACGAUGAUGAUGGCGAUGGCGGCGAUGGCGGCGAUAACAGCGAUGGCGAUGAAAGCGAUCACAGCAGGCAAACAGGCCAAUCUUGCGGCGCUGACCAUCGCCCUAUCGUGGUACGCGAUUCGCGAACAUGGCCUCCGGCUCCGCAGCAAACCGGCAACUGGCGCGCUGGCAGCUUCGAGGCCGGAUCCGAUCGCGACAUGGAGGAUUCAAGGACAAGCCCGGAUGGUUUGGAAGGCCACAUAGCCUCUACCGAUCUCCUCAACCCGUCUGAUGCGCUUGGCCUCCUCGCCCAAGUUGCCGACUUGGAUCCAGCUAGCCAGAAACACACGGUCAAGGCCAAAACUGGCGCCGCUCGCGGACAUGUUGCUGGCCGACGGCAAGACGCUGGUAGAACCGCAGUCGGCCAAUAUCCCCCGCUCCAUGAAGGUGCCUUCUCCGUCUCGGAUGCCUCGUAUCUUUUAAAGAGGUAUCACGACAAAUUCCAUCCAUUCUUCCCCGUUGCGCAUGGCAAGAUAUUCAAAGAGGGUUCAAUAUCCGAAUGGGCCGAGAAGGAGCCCCAUCUUCUUACGGCCAUUCUUACUGUAGCUUCCAAAGACGAUCCCGCAUGGUCCCACGUGUAUGAGGCAUGCUCUCGUCAUAUUGAGAGCUUCAUGUCCAAUCUGAUAUACGCUGGUUCGUCGUCGAUUGGAUCUGUUGAGGCACUCCUCAUCCUUUCAGAAUGGGCGCCACAGCGGCCUCAGGAAAACUCAGCCAUUGGUUGCGGCCAAGAGGACCAUGGCGCGUGGAUGAUUGUCGGCUUGGCGAUCAGGUUGGGGUAUUUGCAAAGGCUAGAACAGGCUGCGCUUCUGCCUGACGAAGGAAAGCUGUCGGAGGAAAUGAGUCGCAAACGCGUCGUUUGGGCAGCCUGUUACAUCAGCGAUAGGCAAGUCUCAAUAAGACUUGGCAAAGGAUUUUGGUCCCGCGGUCCUGGCCCAGCUCUAAACUUGCGCGCCGCUGAUUUUCCAACGCUGCAUGCUCAAGGCUUGGGUCCAGACAACAUGGGGCUGUUGUUUCAGGCCCAUCUUGAACUCACGCAACUCAUCAGCAAUGCGCACGACAUUUUGUACUCUUCAACAACCCACAGGAAGCACCUGUACGUUGGCGGAGAAUAUGUCCGAUACAUUGAUGACUUUGCCACAAUGCUGCGGAAAUGGAAGCUCCUGUGGGCAAAUCAUAGCUUCACGCCGCCGGUCAAAGCGUCUCUGGUGCUGUCCUUUGAGUUCCUUCGGCUAUACAUCAACGCCUUUGCCUUUGAAGCAAACUUGAAUCGGGCGGCAGCGCAAAAUGCUCAGGAAAGUCCCAGAAGAUCCAACGGGCCGCUGUUUUCCAACGUGGCUGGGAAGCCAGAUGCGCGGUUCAUCUAUGAAUCCAUUGACGCUGCGAACUCGCUGCUCAGUAUAUUAAACAGCUUCAUUGACCCAGUAGCGGGUCUCAAGUGCAUGCCUCUCAAGUACUGCCUGUACGUGAUUUAUGCCGCCGUUUUCCUAUUCAAGGCCCGGCUGGCCGGAGCCAUCAGCAGCGAAGGCGACCGCGGCGUCCGGCGCGCUAUUCAGGGGACGAUUUCGCAGCUGCAAAAGACGUCGGAUAAUCCUCAAAGCCUAGGUAGACGGUACGCCACCUCGCUCCGGCUUCUUUGGAGAAAGUCAUCCGCGAAGCAAUCCAGCCAGGAUUGCUCAAUGCGCAGCGAUGCGGUAUCCGAGCCAUCCGAGCCUUUGGUGGGCGAAGCGGAAGGACAGGAGCGCCCCGCGCCAACAGCAGCAGCCAAACCAGCCAUGGACAUGGACCCAUUGAGUGGGUUCUCUUGGCGGGACCUGGACUCUCUGGGGCAGUUUAUCGCAAGCAACACGACGAUGACUAUGACUGACGGGGUGCUCGGUGGUGGGGAAUUUGACUGGGACCACGGCUCUGGCGGGCUGGAUGAUGUCGCGAUACGGCCUCAAUUCGACACGAUGUGGGCUGGUCACGAUAUCAUCUUCUGA